AAAACUGAUGUCGAGCAAAGCUGGAGACCCGCGCCGACCCGGUGAUCUACAUGCGUUUGUCCGCGAGAAGAUCGACCCGGACGACGCCCCCGGCGACUGGUAUGCCUUCUUCUCGCUCGUGCUGGGCUUCCUGGCCUUCACCAUGAAGUGGAAGGAGCUAGCCUGGGGCUCGCUGCUGCUGUGCUUUGGCUCGUUCACGAACAUGAAGUCGCAGGAAAUGAACACGACGCAAGUGGCCAUGUCCUUCUUUUUCUCCACUUCGGCCCUAGUGUCCGCCUACAUGGGCGCCAUGCGUCCGGGCAUGCCCAUGCCCAUGCCGUCCGCCGACACCGUCGAAGCCCCGGUUUCUAAUUAGAGUCAAGGGGAGAAAAGGAAUCAAGUUCAUCCAACAGAGUAAAUACGAAAUACGGCAUCUACACGCUGUAAGAAUGAAACCAUUGGUAAUGAAUGGGCUUCAGAUGGAGUCCUGCCUUGCUA